AUGGUGCAAAUAAUCCCUGUGAGAUGGUUGAACCUUCAAGAGUACCAGAGUAAAAAAAUCAUGGCGGAUCAUGGAGUCACAGUUCAGAGAUUCUUUGUUGCUGACAACUCACAAGAUGCCCUGGAGGCCGCUAAGAGACUGAAGGCAAAGGAAAUUGUUUUAAAAGCACAAAUCCUGGCUGGUGGCAGAGGAAAGGGCAGCUUCACCAGUGGAUUAAAGGGAGGAGUUCAUUUAACUAAAAGCCCUGAUGAAGUGGGGAAGCUGGCAAAACAAAUGCUUGGAUACAACCUCAUUACAAAGCAGACAACAAAGGACGGUGUCAAAGUUAACAAGGUAAUGGUGGCAGAAGCCUUGGAUAUUUGCAGAGAAACAUAUCUAGCUAUUCUGAUGGAUAGAGCCUUCAAUGGACCAGUUAUAGUUGGCAGCCCAGAGGGAGGAAUGGAUAUUGAGGAAGUCGCAGCCACCAAACCCGAGUUGAUAUUUAAGGAGAUCAUUGAUAUCUUUGAGGGGGUUAAAGAAGAUCAAGCACUUCGAAUGGCGACCAAUAUAGGAUUUAAAGGUCCACUGCAGCAACAGGCUGCAGAAGAGAUUAAGAAACUGUAUCGUCUAUUUUUAAAAGUUGAUGCCAUCCAGGUAGAAGUGAAUCCCUUUGGUGAAACACCAGAUGGACAAGUUGUUUGCUUCGAUGCCAAAAUCAACUUUGACGAUAAUGCAGAAUUCAGACAGAAGGAAAUUUUUUCUCAGAAUGAUGAAUCAGAAAGUGAUCCCUUGGAAUGUGAAGCAGCAAAGUAUGACCUCAAAUACGUCGGUAUGGACGGAAAUAUUGCUUGCUUUGUUAAUGGAGCUGGCCUUGCAAUGGCUACUUGUGAUAUCAUUGAACUUCAUGGAGGAAAACCUGCAAACUUUCUUGAUCUGGGCGGUGGUGUACAAGAGAAUCAAGUGUACCAAGCCUUUAAACUACUAACAGCGGAUCCCAAGGUUAAAGCAAUUCUUGUCAACAUUUUUGGUGGAAUAGUCAACUGUGCAAUAAUAGCACAGGGCAUAACGAAGGCAUGCCGUGAACUUAAACUGAAAGUGCCAUUGGUUGUGAGACUUGAAGGAACCAAUGUUAAUGAAGCCAAGCGCAUCCUGGUUGAGAGUGGUCUGCCAAUCACUUCUGCCAGCAAUCUGGAAGAUGCAGCUCAGAAGGCAGUUGCCAGCAUGGUCCCAAAAUAGCAGAAUGAAGAACAUUUUCCAUAACUAUCUUUCUUUAUACUGUAUCUCCAAUCACUAAUCUUAGAAUUAUGAAUUUUCUAUUUGUAUUUCACACAAUGAUUGAACAAACAUAGAUAAUUUUCAAUACAUACACGGAGUCUUCAGGGAUGGAUUUAUAGAAAAAUUUUGUACAUUUUACAAAAAUGUGGAAUUAUUUGCUUAUUCCAGAAAGUCCUUGCCUGCUAGUAUCAUUUAUUAAUGUGAAAAUUUUGCUAAAAACUUUUUUAAGGACCUUGAAGCCUGAAUAUUCUAAUGGUACAAAAUAUUUCUUGAACAUCUUUGUAAUCUUCAUUUAUUGCAAGAAGGAGCUUAACCUUUGCCUUAAUCUUCAAAUUGAUUGAAACAGCACCAUUGCUUGUCCAGACACAGACCUAAUCACAUUGGUGCUGUCUUAAAAGCCUUAACCUUCAAUGUUGCCAAGGAAGUCAACUUCAACUUGCAGCCAGCUUAGUCUGGGGAUGCACAGAACGUAGUAGGUGAACACAUUUAUUAUUCUCGUAGAUAAAUAAUCUUUCUUAACUCACAUUUUUAAUAAUUCCUUUUCUGUUUCUCCAGUUAUUUUCUUUUCAUAAGACUGACUUUUGUCACACGAGAACGUGACUGUCCAAACUUGUUGUUUCAUACUUUUAUGACCUUUUCAUGUUUACGAUGCUUUAGACAAUUGUGAAACCAAGGAUAUCAGUGCAAGCAAUUAAUAUAAAUUGUUCCUGUGGCUACCUUUUAUAGCAUCAAAUGUCUUCCGAACAUGAAUAAAAUACUUUCAAUGAUA